GUUGGUGGCAUACCCUGUGGCGGUUGUGAGGAUAACGGUGUGCGCGGAGUGUCAUCAAAAGGGUUGGAAGCAUAGAUGGUGUCACCAAAUAGUGCCAUUGGUUGUGGUAUCAUUUCCAUCGGUAUGAAAACUCGUCAAAAGAAUAGACUUAGUACUACACCUAAGUCACCGCUUAAGUCACCAAUUAAUUCACCCCUUAAGACAUCACUUAAAACGCCUUUAAAAUCAAAUUCUUCGCCAAAGAAAAUCAAAUCCAAAAUUAAGUCUAAAGUCAAGUCUAUUAAUAACACAAAAUCCAUUUCUAAAGAAAAUAAUAAAACAAUUAGUGAUUCAAAUACAGGGAAUCUAUUGUACGGAUAUGAAAGUGAAUUGAAAUAUUUGACAAAAAUAGUAAACAAUACGAUAACUACUGGCGAAUCCAAUUCAGUGCUUAUAUGCGGAGAUCCAGGAUCUGGAAAGACUAAACUUGUGGAAACAUAUUUGCAAUCAAUCAAAUUUAAUGACAUUUCAAUAAUCAGAUUAAAUGGUUUUAUUAAUUCAAAUGAUUUGAGUACUAUUAGAUUGAUUGGUCGACAUUUUGGCAUCAAUGCCAACACAAUCAGCGAUAUUAUGUCAAGUCUUAAGGAAAUAUGUAAAGAGAAUCCUCUAUUUCGUGCAUUCAUUAUAUUGGAUCGAUUUGACAUAUUUUGCAGAAGAAAUCAAACACUUUUAUAUAAUUUGUUUGAUUUGCUUCAGAACUCGCAGUCGAUUUGUGUCAUAGGAAUGACCACACGUUUGGAUUCAAUAGAUUUGCUCGAAAAGAGAGUUAAAUCCCGACUCAAUCAGCGUAUUAUACAUUUGGUGACACCAUUUGUUAACUUUGAUGACUAUAUGAAGUAUGCAUUAAAGGAACUGAAAGGACAAGAGAUGAACAAUUCAUUGCGUGAAUCAUUGAAAAUACAAUAUUCUCUUAAUUAUUCAAUUCGUGAACUGAAACGAGUUAUCUUUGAAGGUUUGGUGACUCAUAAAAUUGGUGUCGAAACCAGUGAUAGAGACGCAAAACUCUUCAUAUUAUCACAAAUGUCUAUAUAUGAAGUAAGUGUUCUUCUGAUUGCAAACAAAUAUACGAAAAACCAAAACACGACUCAAUUUCACUGUUCAGCAAUAAUGGACGCCUUAAGACAUUUGCCACAAAUUAAAAUCAAUAAAAACUUGUUGUUUAAAAUCUUUCAUAAGUUAGAAGAAAGCGAUUUAAUUACCCGACACUCGACUAUUAAGAGCUCAGACCUUUUGUUGAGUGAAUGGACCAAAUUCUCGCUUAACAUCGAUGACUCUCAUCUCAAUCAGAUCCUCAAAUCAAAUGUAUUCCCACAGUAUAUGAGAAAAAUUUAA